UCUACUGCAGCGACAUUAUGGCUUGAUCGAGAACAAAACAAUCAACGCAAAAUAAAUUCACGACAAACGCGUAUUUCAAACGGACAAAAGUGCACAAAGGAACAAAGAUAUUGAGUGCAAUUUCCAAAAACAGAAAACUCUAGAUAUAUUAUAUUGCAUUAAAAAAAUGGCUCAAUCGGAGGAACAAACUGGAGAUUUUGUUAAUCGCUCUACUAACACAGAGGAUUUUCCCGAUGCAUUCGGAUCAUUGGGUUCAACAUCGACAAGCUAUUAUGGUGGCGGCUAUAACAAUGCUGGAAAUCAACACCAGAUGCAGCAGGGUGCAAUAGCCCAAUUAGCGAACAAAGGUUUCGGUACAUCGUCUACAUCAAAUUAUACUGCCAGGAUGCCGACUGACCGUCAUGCAGUUGAGUACAAUAUGCGUCAUAAAAACCGGGGGCUUGCCAUGAUUUUUAAUCAUGAACAUUUCACUGUGCAAUCACUCAAAUCAAGAUCAGGCACAAACGUCGAUUGUGAUAAUUUGGCUCGAUGUCUCAAACAACUAGAUUUUGAUGUUCAGAUUUAUAAAGAUUUUACACUAAAAGAACUUAUGCGUCAGGUUGAAUGGGCAGCUAGCCAGGAUCACACCAAUAACGAUUGUAUUUUGGUGACCAUUCUUUCGCACGGAGAAUUGGGCUAUAUUUAUGCUAAAGAUACGCAGUACAAAUUGGACAGUAUUUGGAGUUAUUUCACAGCACAACACUGUCCCACAUUAGCUGGAAAGCCAAAAUUAUUCUUUAUUCAAGCUUGUCAAGGUGAUCGUUUGGACCCCGGUGUCACUAUGAAACGUGCAGUGACUCAAACUGAUGGUGAGUCAUCAAUGAGUUAUAAAAUACCGGUGCAUGCAGAUUUCCUUAUUGCAUACUCAACGAUACCAGGGUUUUACUCAUGGCGUAAUACAACCAGAGGAUCCUGGUUUAUGCAAUCUUUGUGUGCUGAGCUAACUGCCAACGGUAAACGGUACGAUAUACUUACAUUGCUUACGUUUGUUUGUCAACGUGUUGCCGUUGAUUUUGAGUCAUGCACCCCAGAUACACCAGAUAUGCACCAACAGAAGCAGAUUCCAUGUAUAACGACAAUGCUUACGCGAAUACUACGUUUUUCUGAAAAGAAUCAAUUACCACCAGCAGCAAGAGUUUAAAUCCACCGUAUACCAGAAAUAAAAGUGUGGAUUCAUUCUGGUAAAUGUGAUAGAAUAGACAACAGUUUUGAAACUCUGGUUUUUAUAUCAUAAAAUUUCUUAUUACUCAUAUUUAUAACCAAAUUUAAAAAUUCGCAUGUUUUUUAUAAAUCAUAAUAUUCGUAGGUAUAUAACAUCUUGUGAAAUUGUAUGACUGAUGUCCCACUUUACAAAUAUCCAAUAAAUCUUACUUUCUUAAAUUAUUUCAUUUAAAUAAACGCUUCCAUCCAUAUCUCUAAAAUUCUCAAAUUGUGGUACUCGAUAAAUCUAUGCAUUCUUUAGAGAUCAUAACCAAUGUAUAUGUGUUAGACUCUCAAUAAUUGAUGAAUUAGUGUGAUAAAUCACUAAAUAUCUAUAUGCUAUUAUAUUCUUAUAUUAGUUUCACUUAAAAAAAAUAAAUAGUUUUUAUUAAAAUCUAUAAAGUUUAAUAUCCAAUUUUUUUUGUCUUUUAAAAUACUUAUUAUCAUAGCCACAUAUAAUGAACCACAAAUCAUGCUGCCAUGUUUUUAUAUGCGAAUCUUUUUUAGUAUUGAAGCAAUUAUAGACUAUAUGCGCAAAUAUGUAUUAAUUUUGGUACUUAUGGAAUAUUUUUACAAUACAAUAAAUAAAAUAAUAUGUAUCCCAAAA